AUGUCGAACACUCCUCCAAAAGAACCCGAAUUGGACCCGGAGAUGCAAUCGGGAGAGGACCAAGAGCACAUAGACAAAGACCAUCACGAUACGCAGGGACACCAAGGCGAGUUCGAAGUGAAGGAGCAGGACCGAUGGCUUCCAAUUGCCAAUGUGGCUCGAAUCAUGAAAUUGGCACUGCCUGACAAUGCGAAGAUCGCGAAAGAAGCGAAGGAAUGCAUGCAGGAAUGUGUGAGCGAGUUCAUCUCAUUUAUCACAAGUGAAGCCUCGGAGAAAUGCCAGCAGGAGAAGCGCAAGACCGUCAAUGGCGAGGACAUCCUUUUCGCCAUGACAUCGCUUGGGUUCGAGAACUAUGCGGAAGCCCUCAAGAUCUACUUAUCCAAGUACCGUGAGACCCAGUCUGCUCGUGGCGAGAACCAAAGACCUCCAAGUGCUGGAUAUGGCGCUGGAGGCCCUGUUGGUGGGUCCGGUGUGCCUGGACUUGUUCGUCCCACGGGCUUCUCUGAAGCUGAAAGCGCAAACCCUAUGAUGAAUCCCGGUCUGGACCAGUCUCAAGAUCCUUCUGCCUAUGGCUAUCCACCUAUAGCCAACCAACCUCACAACGGUGCGACUGGCGAAUCAUAUUAG